CACUCACACAGUUAGUCGGCGACUCUUACAUCAUCUCUGCGAAACAUUCCUCAACAGGUGAAGAUGCUGAUAUUUACCUUUUAUUUAGUUCUUGUGCCUCAGCUGUUAAGCUAACGGACUCGCCGCUUGGGAGUGUUACCAUGGUGACAGGCGGAUGGAAUAGGGCUCAGAGCCGCAACCCGACAAAACCGAAGCAGAAGACCGGCAAAGGCUCUAAGAUCCUGAAGGGAACUCAGGCAGAGACCCGCAGAGGGAUACCGGUGAGCCGAUCCAAGGAGAUAAAGCUUUCCAAGAAAGUUCCACCUAAGAAAGAAGAGCGCGAUCACACCGGUUCAGGUCCAUAUAAGCAUGAAGAUUCAAAGUCAAGGAAGAAGAUCAUCAGGAGAUCUCAAAGACUUCAGGACCCUUCAGGGAGCAGGAGGAGUGGGGUGAGAAGAAGCACCCGGCCGACCACACAGACCAGCAGAUACCAGGCCUCUAAUGUGUUUAAUGGGAACAACAACCAUGGAAGCCUGAAUGGGACAAACAACCUGAGGAAAAACCCACUGAUUAGUAACAACAAAGAUGGAACGAAUUACUCCAAAGCCCAGAGGAAUAAAACAUCAGGACCACUGCAGAGGGAACUUAGUGGCUCCGAUGAGGACGAUGGUGAUACCGCUGAUGUAGAUAGCGGGCUUGGAACAACUGCAGAUGAGGACAGUAACUGCAGCAUGAACCAGAACUUCGACGCUAGACCGGGUCAGGAUUCAUCCAUGAAUGAGGGAUCCAGCAGCAAGUUUCUGAACAGAACCCCCCUUACAGGAACGAACCCGAUCCGCGGGCGAGCCUUCAGAGUGACUCAGAGUGUUUGGUCUAAUGACUCUGAUGAUGAUGACUCAGACAGCGAAGAUGAAAAGGACUCUAGCAGCCGAGCUCAAGGUCUGCGUAAAGAGGAGCUUUUCAGGACUCGCAGAGACAAGUCUGCAGGAGCAGGUCUGGCUGACAUCGAUCCCAUGGCUAUCGAUCAGUUUGUGGGCUUUGACAGCAUUGGUGGACUGGCAGGUCACAUCUCCGCUCUAAAGGAGAUGGUGGUCUUCCCUCUUCUCUACCCAGAAGUCUUUGACAAUUUCAAGAUUCAGCCUCCCAGGGGUUGUCUGUUCUAUGGUCCCCCUGGGACCGGGAAGACGCUGGUUGCCAGGGCGUUGGCCAAUGAAUGUAGCCACGGUAACAGAAAGGUGUCAUUCUUCAUGAGGAAGGGAGCCGACUGCCUCAGCAAGUGGGUGGGCGAGUCGGAGCGGCAGCUACGGCUGCUGUUUGAGCAGGCGUAUGACAGACGUCCCUCCAUCAUCUUCUUUGAUGAGAUCGAUGGUUUGGCUCCUGUUCGAUCCAGCAAACAAGAUCAGAUCCACAGCUCUAUCGUUUCAACUCUGCUGGCUCUGAUGGACGGGUUGGAUAGUCGAGGGGAAGUGGUGGUUAUCGGAGCGACAAACAGGCUGGACUCCAUCGACCCGGCUCUACGGCGUCCGGGACGCUUCGAUCGGGAGUUUCUGUUCGGCCUUCCUGACAGAGAGUCACGUAAAGAGAUCCUUAAGAUCCACACCCGGCAGUGGAAACCUCCUCCUUCUGAAGACUUUCUGGAUGAACUUGCAGAAAAAUGUGUUGGUUACUGUGGUGCUGACAUUAGGGCGGUGUGCACAGAGGCAGCUCUGUGCGCGCUGCGCCGUCGCUACCCACAGAUCUACGGAACCUCCCAGAAGCUCUUGCUGGACGUCUCGUCCAUCUCCGUCAGCAGCUGUGACUUUGUAGCAGCCAUGAGGAAGAUGAAACCGGCCUCUCAGCGUUCCAACGCCUGUCCUACCAAACCGCUGUCCAGGGUGGUUCGGCCCCUGCUGGGAGCUGCUCUGUGCCAAAUCCUGGAGGUUGUGCAGAAGUUGUUUCCACAUGCUGAGCAGGGGAUGAAGAGGAAAUGGGAUCCGGAUCUGACCUCUGGUGUCCUCGACGAUGGACUAAUGAAUGGAGCAGAUGGAGGCUCCUCAACCUGCAGCAUCUCUGCUCCUUCCACCUCCCAGAGGAAAACCUUCCUGCACUUUGCCAGGAGUGCAGUACAACACCCAAUGGCCCACCGCCCCCGAAUGCUCCUGGUGGGCCGCCCAGACUCUGGUCAGACCUCCCACCUGGCCCCUGCGAUCCUGCAUGCUCUGGAGCGUUUCACUGUCCACAGCCUGGAUGCUGCUGUGUUGUUUGGGCUCAGCAGCACCUCGCCUGAGGAAGCCUGUGCACAGGUGUUCUACGAGGCCAAGCGGACGUCUCCCAGCAUCCUCUACAUCCCUCACAUCCAGCAGUGGUGGGACACGGCAGGAUCGGCACUCAGGGCCUCUUUCCUCAGCUUGCUAGGCAGCAUCUCCCCAUUCUCUCCUAUCCUUCUCCUCGCCACCUGCAGCCUCCCCCACCAGCAGCUGGACCCAGAGAUACAGUCUCUGUUUCGGGAGGAGUAUGGGGAGAUUUAUACCAUGACUGUUCCCACGCAGCAGGAGAGAACAGAGUUCUUUCGGGAUCUCAUUCUGAAUCAGGCAGCAGAGCCUCCACCAUCCAGGAAUAAAGUGACCCAGAAGGUGGAGAUCCUUCCUGUGGCUCCCCUUCCUUAUCAGAGACAGAUGUCAGAGCAGGAGCGCCUCCGUCUGGAGGAGCAGGAGGAGGAUGUGCUGAGGGAGCUCCGCCUCUUCCUCACGAACCUCACAGAGCGUCUGAUGCUGGACCGCCGCUUCAAGGCCUUCACCAAACCUGUGGACAUCGAGGAGGUGCCAGACUACCUCAUGGUGGUCCAGAACCCCAUGGACCUCUCCACUCUGCUGUCCAACAUCGAUGAACAUAAAUAUGUCACCGUUAAUGAGUUCUUGUCAGACGCAGACCUCAUCUGGCAGAACGCUCUAGAGUACAACCCAAAGAGAGACCAAGCAGACCGUCACAUUCGUCACCAUGCAUGCACCCUGAAGGACACAAUGCGAACCAUCAUCAGAAAAGAACUGGACAAGGAUUUCCAGAGAAUCUGCGAGGAAAUCCGAGAGUCCCGCAUUGAAAGAGCGUUAUCCUACAGGCCCAGGGCCAAUCUAGACUUGGCCAACAGCCUCUACAACCAGGUCUUCACCCGGAACAGCACUGGACCUCAGGCGCGUAAGAAAAAGUGUUUCAAAUCGACACGAAAAUCCAAGUGGAGCACUGGUGUGCUUAAGAAACGGCAGCCGAAGAAGACAGCUUCCACCUCCUCCUCCUCAAUGUCCAGCGUAACCAGUUCAGAUUCCAAUGGAAUCAGAGGAGGGAGUGUUUCUGCUGACCAAAGCUCUUCUAGUUUGUCAGACAGCAGCGAUGAAGACAGGAACACCUUCCUUACUAUUAACCGGAACCAUCAUGCAUUCAAAUCGCUCCAAAAAAGGCUCCAGCAAGUAUACAAUCCGUCCAGCAAUACUCCCAAAAUUAGCCCGGACCACAGGCAGCAAAACAAGCCUUCAAAGUCCGACCCGGCCCGGAGGAAGGCGCUGACCGAGUUUUAUUUAAAGAAAUUGGAGAGGCAGAGGAAGAGCGAGAUGAGAGCAAACAAGGCCGUCUUCGAGCAAAUGCAGCAGUUCAACAAGGAUAGAUCUGCAGAGAUGGUGAAAGAGCAAGCCCCCCCGCUGGUAGUGGAUCAUAAAAAGCUGAAAGAUCUGCUGAGCAGAGCUGUAGCUAAAACAGAGGGCACUGAGGUGGAGCCUCUGGAGAAGCUUUAUGCCCUGUUGGCUCAGUGCAUCUACAGACACAGAAACAACUAUGACAAGACGGAGCUCAUUAAGGAAAUGAAGAAAGAGAUCGACAACUUCUCCUGAGCAGUGAUAACAAAAACUGAGUCACUUUAAAUGAAAAGUAUUUUCUUUGUUUAUUCUAUUUAUUAAGAUAUAUUUAUAAAAUUAGAAAAAAAAAUCUAAAUACCUCAGUAUUUUAAGUGUUGCAUAAGAUCAUAUUAACAUUUAUUCCUUCAAUAUUUUUGAAAAUAAAAAAAAAAC